GCGGCCCGCAGCUGGCGGCGGGGGCCCCGGCGCCCGCUCUGCCCGCCCCCUCGUUGCCGCCCCGCCCGCGCCGCCGCGCCGGCCGCUGUCAGAGGCGCGUUGUAUGCUGAGCAGCUGUCGUCGCCUGCUGCUGCACGUCCUGGUCCCGAGGUGCCCGCCGCUGACCCGCGGACUGCGGCUCUUCCCUCUCCACCUCAUGAAGCCGUUGGUCGUGUUCGUUUUGGGCGGGCCCGGUGCGGGCAAGGGGACCCAGUGCGCGCGCAUUGUCGAGAAAUAUGGCUACACACACCUUUCUGCAGGAGAGCUUCUUCGUGAUGAAAGGAAGAAUCCAGAUUCACAGUAUGGUGAACUUAUUGAAAAGUAUAUUAAAGAAGGAAAGAUUGUACCAGUUGAGAUAACCAUCAGUUUAUUAAAGAGGGAAAUGGACCAAACAAUGGCUGCCAAUGCUCAGAAGAAUAAAUUCUUGAUUGAUGGAUUUCCAAGAAAUCAAGACAACCUUCAAGGUUGGAACAAAACCAUGGAUGGGAAAGCAGAUGUAUCUUUUGUUCUGUUUUUUGACUGUAAUAAUGAGAUUUGUAUUGAACGAUGUCUUGAAAGGGGAAAAAGUAGUGGUAGGAGUGACGACAACAGAGAGAGCUUGGAAAAGAGAAUUCAGACUUACCUUGAAUCAACAAAACCAAUUAUUGACUUGUAUGAAGAAAUGGGGAAAGUCAAGAAGAUAGAUGCGUCUAAGUCUGUUGAUGAAGUUUUUGGUGAAGUUGUGAAGAUUUUUGACAAGGAAGGCUAACUAACCCUGAAGACAUCUUUGAAAUCAUGCUUGAAUAUUGCUUUGGUAGCUGCUAUCACAGCCCCUUUUAAGGCAGUUUUAACCUUUCAAAAUUACAUCUCAAUUAAUGUCUAGAAAUAUAUAGUAAGACAAAUUAUGUGUUUUUUUAAUUUGUGGUCACAGUACACAGUGAAUUCAGGUUUAAAUCAUUUUAGGCAUUAUGGUGCUCACAAAAUGAAGAAGGGUAUCAGCUAAUUCUUGUUUGUGUUAAAGAGAAAGGAUAAACCCCUUUAUCCCUUUUAUGUCUGUGCCUUCGCUGAGCUAAAUUUUUUUAGUAUGCAUGUAUAUCCCUUUUGUAAUUGCAGUGUGUUGGGAUUUGGGAUUUCCACUUCCUCUUGCUGCACAUUUAAAAUUUCAAUCUGCUAAGUGAAUUUGUGGACCAAAUUUAAAGGAACUUUAUGUGUAGCUGGCUCUUGUUCAAGGUUUUUAGUAAAUGUACUCAUAAAAUGGAUUCCUAGCAAUGCUCUAUUUAUCAGAUGACUGACCGUUUCUUGUUGAACGUGAAAACUUAGAGACUGAUUUAUUACAGCUUGUGCAACGUUGUAUGACGGGGCAUAGUCUUUGCUUCCAAGGUUUGAGUCGGGACGGGGCUUCAGAGCCUGGGCAGGAUUGUCAGCUUUCUUCUGACAUAGUCUGUGAUGUAACAGAGUUCCUACCAGUAGACCUUGACACGCAUUCACUAGCUUAUGCUAAUUUGAUUCAGUUCUUGUUUUAAUAAUAGUUCAAAGUUUUUUUGUUUUGUUUUCUUAGACUAAAUAUAGAUCUAGAGUAAAUUAGACAAAGCAAUCUAAUGGUUAAAAUUCCCAUUUGUAUUUUAUUUUCUGGGAUAUGUUUUUCAUGGUUACUUGUUUUAAAAGAUUUUAAAAAUCAUUGCACUUUGGUCAGAAAAAUAAUAAAUAUAUCUUACAAAUGUUUGAUUCCCUUACUGCUUGCUUUUUCAAUAAAGUUUGAAAGUCCAA